AUGGGAGAUGAAGAUUGGGAAGCAGAAAUCCUCAAACCUCAUGUGUCUCCCUAUGUUCCUGUAUUUGAAAAGGAUAAAUAUUCUUCUGGAGCAAAUGGAGACACUUUUAACAGGACUUCAGCUUCAUCAGAAAUGGAAGAUGGACCGUCUGGAAGAGAUCAUUUCAUGAGAAGUGGAUUUUCCUCUGGAAGGAAUUUGGGAAACAGAGAUAUUGGCGAGUCUAGUAAAAGAGAGAAUGCACCUACAACUGGUGGCUUUGGAAGAGGAAAGGGUUUUGGAAACAGAGGUUUUUUAAAUAACAAGUUUGAAGAAGGUGAUAACUCUGGUUUCUGGAAAGAGUCUAAUAAUGACUGUGAAGAGAAUCAGACUCGGAACAGAGGUUUUUCCAAGAGAGGCGGCUAUCAAGAUGGGAAUGACUCAGAAGCAUCAGGGCCAUUCAGAAGAGGUGGAAGAGGUAGUUUCCGAGGUUGCCGUGGAGGAUUUGGUCUAGGAAGACCAAAUAGUGAAUAUGACCAAGAUCAGGGGACACAGCGUGGUGGUGGCCUUUUUGGUUCUAGGAAGCCAGUAGCAAGUGAUUCAGGCAAUGGUGACACUUACCAAAGAAGUGGAACUGGGCGAGGUGGUUACAAAGGUUUAAAUGAAGAAGUAGUAACAGGCUCUGGAAAGAAUUCUUGGAAGUCAGAAGCUGAAGGAGGAGAAAGCAGUGAUAUUCAGGGUCCAAAAGUGACAUAUAUACCACCUCCUCCACCAGAGGAUGAAGAUGCCAUCUUUGCACAUUAUCAGACAGGCAUAAACUUUGAUAAAUAUGACACCAUUCUUGUAGAAGUAUCUGGACAUGAUGCACCACCAGCAAUUUUGACUUUUGAAGAAGCUAAUCUCUGUCAGACAUUGAAUAACAACAUUGCUAAAGCUGGCUAUACUAAGCUUACGCCUGUGCAGAAAUACAGCAUUCCUAUUGUAUUAGCAGGACGAGACUUGAUGGCUUGUGCUCAAACAGGGUCUGGAAAGACUGCAGCUUUUCUCUUGCCUAUUUUGGCACACAUGAUGAGGGAUGGAAUAACUGCCAGUCGCUUUAAAGAACUUCAGGAACCAGAGUGUAUUAUUGUAGCACCAACUCGAGAAUUGAUCAACCAAAUUUAUUUGGAAGCCAGAAAAUUUUCUUUUGGGACUUGUGUAAGAGCUGUUGUCAUAUAUGGGGGAACGCAGUUUGGGCAUUCAAUUCGACAGAUAGUACAAGGCUGUAAUAUAUUAUGUGCUACUCCAGGGAGGCUGAUGGAUAUCAUAGGUAAAGAAAAGAUUGGUCUCAAACAAGUCAAGUACUUGGUUUUGGAUGAAGCUGAUCGAAUGUUGGAUAUGGGUUUUGGACCAGAGAUGAAGAAGUUAAUUUCUUGUCCAGGAAUGCCAUCAAAGGAACAACGCCAAACCCUUUUAUUCAGUGCAACCUUUCCAGAAGAAAUCCAGAGGUUGGCUGGGGAGUUCUUAAAGUCAAAUUAUUUGUUUGUUGCUGUUGGACAAGUGGGAGGAGCAUGCAGAGAUGUUCAGCAGACCAUUCUUCAAGUUGGCCAGUAUUCAAAAAGAGAAAAACUUGUCGAGAUUCUACGAAAUAUAGGUGAUGAAAGAACUAUGGUUUUUGUUGAAACCAAGAAAAAAGCAGAUUUCAUUGCAACUUUUCUUUGUCAAGAAAAAAUAUCAACUACAAGUAUUCAUGGUGAUCGGGAACAGAGGGAGAGAGAGCAAGCUCUUGGAGAUUUUCGCUGUGGAAAGUGCCCAGUUCUUGUUGCUACUUCAGUAGCUGCCAGAGGGCUCGAUAUUGAAAAUGUUCAGCAUGUUAUCAAUUUUGAUCUUCCUUCUACCAUUGAUGAAUAUGUUCAUCGAAUUGGGCGUACUGGGCGUUGUGGAAAUACUGGCAGAGCAAUUUCUUUUUUUGAUACUGAAUCUGAUAAUCACUUAGCACAGCCUCUAGUUAAAGUACUAUCAGAUGCUCAACAGGAUGUUCCUGCAUGGUUAGAAGAAAUUGCCUUUAGUACAUACGUGCCUCCCAGCUUCAAUAAUAGCACGAGAGGAACUGUGUUUGCAUCUGUUGACACUAGGAAGAGCAAGAACACUUUGAAUACAACAGGGAUUUCUUCUUCACAAGCUCCCAAUCCAGUCGAUGAUGAGUCAUGGGAUUAA